AAAAUCAUCUAAAAUUUAUAACUUUGCUGAAGUUCGUUUGUAGAACUUUUUUACAUCAACUCAACAAUGAUAUUACAGGAUAAGGACAUGUGAUUUAUUCAAUCAGCAAUAUAACUGACCAGUAUCUAAGCUGAUUAAACACUUUAACAAGAUAAUCUUAAUCUAAGCCAAAAAAAAAAUCCCAAAUUAAAAACCUUAAUUUCAAAAAUAAAAAAAUAAAGUUCAACAACUGUGAACCUUGAACUGUCUCUGCUCUUCUCUCUCGAGGAUGAUGAGGUGGAUUUCUAGAUGUGGCACCCCGAGAAGAAGAUGCAUACGGCUAAGGGAAGGAGUAGAAACAGCAGAAGCAGCGACAACAGCGCGUGACGAAGGAGCAGCGGAACGAGCGGCGUGGACGGUUAGUUGCGGAAGUAGUUGUCUCCAUUGAGAUGAAGCGAAACGAAGCAAGGUUGACCAAGGAAGAAAAGAGAAUUGUGAUAGUGAUGAAGAAAAAGAGAAGUCUGGGCCAGAAGUGUUGAAGGCCCAAACGCAGCCUAGAAAAGACGAAGUCCGAGGUGAAGUUGAGGUUGUUGCUUGUAAAUGGCUCCUUCGUUGUCAUUUUGGGAAUACACGGUGAUCUUCUUUCUGCGCCCCCUUUUCGCCAUUGUCUUCGUUCUCUUCUUAAUAUCUUCUGGUUGGUUUGUGGCAUGGAAACUGGUGCUGGUUCACGUUCCUUUGGUGCAAGAGGUUUUCGGCCUCAAAAAGAAACCUGUUCGAGUGAAGCCCCAAAUUGGUCGCUUCUCCAAAAUUUACAGCACUCUUCAUGCCCAAAACUCACCUCCCACAAGAUAAUACUGAAUGCAAAGGUGUUUGACUGUUAACGCCAUUGAAGCAGAUGAAUUGCUUAAGUAUAAAAGUCUACCAUCAAGUUUGUGGAUUCAUUUGAGUAAGGAUCUCUCCCAUACGUAAGUGUGUGAAAUAAAAGGGAAUGUCAUAAUUAAAUUUAAGUUAGGAUUAUGUUAUAUUAUUUAAAUUAUUAUAUGAUGUAUAAUGAGAACACCCAACAUUGUUUAACAAAGAAAGAAAGUUAACAUUGUCUGAA